AUGGGAGUGCUAUUUCAAGUGCUUAUUUUUGCCAUUCUUGGUUGUUUUCUUUACAUAAUCUGGAGAAUAUUGUUUUCUUGCUGGAUUUUGCCUGCUAGGGCGUAUCUUAAGUUAAAGAAAAAUGGGUUUGGAGGUCCAACUCCAAAUUUUCCUCUAGGAAAUCAUAAGGAAAUCAAAAGGAUUAGUAGGGAAGCAGCGGCAGCUUCUUCUUCUACUACUACUAAUACUACUACUUCUUCUUCCUCUGGGUCCUCCAAAAUCUCUAAUGAUAUUCACUCCACAGUUUUUCCCUACUUCUCCCAAUGGCAAAAGUCUCAUGGGAAGGUGUUUAUUUACUGGUUAGGUACAGAGCCAUUUUUGUACAUAGCAGAUCCAGAGUUCCUGAAAGAAAUGACUACAGGAGUGAUGGGAAAGAGUUGGGGAAAGCCUCAAGUGUUUAAACAUGACAGAGAGCCCAUGUUUGGUAAUGGUUUGGUUAUGGUUGAAGGUGAUGAAUGGGUUCGUCACCGCCAUGUGAUCACUCCUGCAUUCUCUCCAGCCAACUUGAAGGCGAUGCCAAGCUUAAUGGUGGAGUCCACUACAAAGAUGCUGGACAAGUGGACUGCCCUCAUAAAUUCCGGUAACCAAGAAAUCGACGUCGAGAGAGCUAUCACCUCGACGGCCGGAGAGAUCAUAGCCAAGACAAGCUUCGGCAUAAGCUAUGAAAAUGGGAGCAAAGUGUUUGAAAAAUUAAGGGCAAUGCAAAUCACUCUAUUUAAAUCAAACCGUUAUGUGGGGGUGCCCUUUAGCAAGCUCAUGUGCCCUAAGAAAACCCUCGAGGCCAAAAAACUUGGAAAGGAAAUUGAUGCUCUCCUCUUGUCAAUCAUAACAGCUCGUAAAAAUUCAAAUGAUGGGUUUCCUCAAAACGAUUUGCUAGGUUUAUUGCUCAAAGAGAAUCGUGUAGAUGGGCGGCUAGGGAAGACGUUAACAACAAGGGAAUUGGUCGACGAGUGCAAAACUUUCUUCUUUGGUGGCCACGAGACCACGGCAUUGGCUCUGUCAUGGACCUUGCUGCUUUUGGCCAUGCAUCCAGAGUGGCAAAACCAAUUGAGAGAGGAGAUUAGAGAAGUUACAGGAGAUAAAGAAAUUGAUUUCUCAAAGCUUGCUCGACUUAAGAAGAUGGGAUGGGUGAUGAAUGAAGUUUUAAGGCUAUACUCACCAGCACCAAACGUACAGAGGCAAGCAAGAGAAGAUAUUAAAGUGAAUGAGCUAAUAAUACCUAAUGGAACCAACAUGUGGAUCGAUGUUGUAGCCAUGCACCAUGACCCUAAGCUAUGGGGGGAAGAUGUGCAUGAGUUUAAACCAGAGAGGUUCAGAGAUGACCCACUGUACGGUGGAUGCAAACACAAGAUGGGGUUUUUGCCGUUUGGUUUUGGAGGAAGAAUGUGCGUUGGUAGGAACUUGACGACGAUGGAGUAUAAGAUUGUGCUAACCUUAAUUCUCUCUAGGUUUUCGUUCUCCAUCUCUCCAACUUACAUUCAUGCUCCUGCCAUUGUUCUCUCCUUGAGGCCUAGCCAUGGUCUGCCACUCGUUGUCAAACCCUUGUAA